AUGUGGAAUAACGCAGCCCUGGUUUUACGUUCACCUCCCGGCUGUUACGUCACAGUCACACGCUGCGUAGAAAAAAAAAAAAGGUCCAGUAGGAGCCCGGGCUUCAUUUUAUCGGCACUUUGCCAGACGGAGGUGUUUAAGUCCUCGGUGAGAGAGAGAGAGAGAGAGAGAGAUGUUAGCAGAGGAUGUGACCCCGUGCUCCUGGAGGGAAGAGCUGUGUGGUGUAGGAGUUAUAUGCGGAGUGUUUUAUUAUCUUUAUACUAAAGACCCAGUGCAGAGAUUCUCUAAAACUGUUUCUUCGAUUGAGGUUGCUCUUAAGGAUCAGGAAAAUGAGGCAAGGUGUCAGGCUGACCCCAGUUUGAUGUUCAAGAAACAAAACCUGUCGUUAUCUCUGCGGUUCAAGAUCUACAUGGCAAACAACAUCAUAUCAAAACAAAAAUCUGUACUAUCGAAGUCUCAAGAUAAAAAAAUUCCUAAUUAUCUGAGAGCAAGGUCAGACAUGAAUGAUCUCCAACGUGAGACGUCCGACUUGAUUUCCCAGAUUUCCAGACUUCAAGAAACAGUGAAUCGCCUGAACACUGAGAACUGUCUAUAUUCUAAGUGGCAUAAAAGUGUUGUAAGUGAGAAAAAGGAAUAUCACCAAAAACUGCUUAUUCAGGAGGCCAACAUCAAGUUGAAAGAGAAAGUCUUUUCAGAGUUGUAUAAGAAAGAGUGUGAGGAUAACAAAACACUGAAGGAGAAUUAUGAGCGGGCAUUGGAGUCCAAUUUUCACGGGAAGCUAAAGAUUUCUGAGCUGAAGAAUCAAAUCACCAAACUACAAUGUUUAGUGCAGGAGCUAAAUGAACAGAACUGUGAGGCAGACACAAAGUGUGAUGCGAUUAAUCAGGAGAGUGCACCUGAACAGGAGGCUGACAGCAAUGAGUAUGCUGAGAUGAAAGAAACUACGCAUUGAUGAGUUACUAAAGUAAAGAACUUGCAAUUCUCUGACGGAGCCAAGAAGAGAAGAAGUGGAACUGAAUCACUUGUGUGUUUAAACCAAAAGAUGUUAUCCAGAUAUGUUGGUCAUGUUGGCACAAAAUAGUGCCUUUAUCUCCAACCUCUGCCUUUAAAGUUAAAGAGCAAAGUUAAAGAGUCUCUAAGAGCAAACCUGCAACACAGAAAAAACUCACAUCAUUUAUAACAUACAGGUAACACAGGAGCUUUUACAGUUUGUACAUGUAUUAUUAUAUUUAUUAUCUGCAUCACAUGUGUAAUAUUACUUGUAUUUAAGCAUAAUCUUUAGCGAAAUUAUUGUGAAUUUCAAAACGAAACUAUUAUACAUUGAGAAAAAAAAACUCUAAUUCUUAAACAAUUUAAUUACUUUUCUUGAUUAGACAAGUUUUAUAAGUGUUACAGAAUCCUAAUGUUUUAUUGCGAACACUAUUUAAAGAUUUACUCAUGACCCAAAGAAACACAGGUGUGUGAAUCAUACAGUAUCAUACACAGAUCAUACAUGGUUCUUAAAAUUUAUAUUACAUGUGUAAGAAUGUAUGUAAAAAUGAAAAGAAUAAAAUAAAGUCACUAUAGCAAAUGCAAUGUGUUGUAUAAACAUUGAAAUAAUUGAAGAGAGACAGGUCAGAUCCUGAGUACCGGCCAAUAAAUAAAUACUUAUGAGUAUGCAAAUGCAACGGUCAUGUGACAAUAUGUCAAAACAAAAGGGCAUAGGGAUUAUGUUGUGGGCACACAACAUAAUCCCUAUGCCCUUUGAGCAGGUUAAGACCUCCAAAAAGCCCUGGACGCUGAUGUCACAUAAUGUGAUGUCACUCAAAAUGAUAUCACUCUUGAAGUCUUUAGCAAUUUUUUGACAAGUUUAAGACAUUGCUAUGCCUGGACUGUGUGAGAUAUUAAAAAUCCCUUCACAAUUUUGCAUUCUCAAUGUGAGCUCUAAAUGUGUACUGGGUUUCGUAUGUGUAUGAAUGUUGCGGUUCAGUUAUCAAUCUGA